AACACAACAGACACUUUCUUGUGGGACUAUUCGGUUGCAACAACAAUAAUUUCUUUAAACACAAUAACAACAAUAUAAACACACGUGAGAAAGUCCCUACUACUAAUAUCACACACUCCUCUCUAACGAAACAAAAAACACACGAUAAAACUUUAUACGAAACAAAGGCUAGAAAAUGGGUUGUAUGGGAAGUAAACAAGGAAAUAAUUCAAACACAAGACCAGUUGUUAAGAAUAAUGACUGUAAAUUGUUAUUGUUGGGCGCUGGUGAAUCUGGUAAAUCAACACUUUUCAAGCAAUUUAAAUUAUUAAAAGAAGGUUCCUAUACAAGUGAAGAAAGAAACAUAUUUGCCAGUACAAUCAAGGGUAACGUUGUUCGUGCCAUGAUUUCCAUGGUUGAAGCCUGUGAUGAAUUAGGUGAAGAUAUUGAAAAGGAGGAAAACAAACAAUUUGCACAAGAAUUAAUUCAAUUAGAUGAUGAAAAUGCUCUCCUCAAUGUUGAUGCCUUCUACAAUGCAGAAUUGGUUCAGAAAUUAAAGAACUUGUGGAAUGACACUGGUAUUCAAAAUGUUUUACAACGUAGAGAUGAAUAUCAAUUAUUGGAUUCAACUGAAUACUUUUAUGAAAGAAUUGAUGAUAUUAGUGCUAAGGGUUAUGUUCCAACUGAUAGAGAUAUUUUAAUGUGUAGAACAAAGACAACUGGUGUUGUUGAAUUGAAAUUUGAACAAGAUGGUACUAAGGUUUCACUUAUUGACGUUGGUGGUCAAAGAAAUGAACGUAAAAAGUGGAUUCACUGCUUUGAAAAUGUCACUGCCAUUUUAUUCGUUGCUUCCAUGUCAGAAUUUGAUCAAAAAUGUUAUGAAGACGACAGUACAAGUAGAAUUCAAGAAUCACUUUUAUUAUUUGAUGAAAUUGUUAACAGUAGAUACUUUAUUGAUACACCAGUCAUCUUCUUCUUGAAUAAGAAGGAUAUUUUCCAAAAGAAGAUUGCCACUAAGAAACUCGCAGAUUUCUUCCCAGAUUAUCAAGGACCAGCUCAUGAUUUUGAUGCUUGUUCUAAAUAUAUGCUCCAAAAGUUUACUUCAAGAAUUAAUGAUGCCAACAGAGAAUUCUAUCCAUAUAUUACCUGUGCCACAGAUACUGAUAAUGUGAAGAACAUUUUCGAUACUGUUAAAAAGAUUGUUAUUAAGAAAUAAGUCAAGCAACAAAACAAUUUGAUGAUUCUAUAUUUGAUUCAAUCGAAUAUGAUCAAUCAUCAAAUAGUACUAUCUCUUUUCACACAGCAAUGUUGCAAUUCUAAUUAUCAUCACACAAAUUUUGUCUCUCUCCGAUUUAAACUCUUGUACACUAGUAAACAACAAACGAUUAAAUUAUAAUUAUCAGUUGUGUAUU